GUUUUGAAAACAUCUCCCUCUCUCUCAAACGGUGCAGUCCCGUCUUCUUCAAAUUCAUCUCUUUCUCUCUCUAUAUACAUACACACACAUAAAUACAGGGAGAGAGAGAGAGAGUCGAAGAGAGAAUUGAAAACUGUAGAAGAAGAAGAACAACAAUGGGGGCUUACAGAGCUGAAGACGAUUACGAUUACUUGUUCAAGGUGGUGCUGAUCGGCGACUCCGGCGUCGGAAAAUCCAACCUUCUGUCCAGGUUCACCAAAGACGAAUUCAGCCUGGAGUCCAAGUCCACCAUCGGCGUCGAGUUCGCCACUCGAACCAUCCACGUAGCCGACAAGGUCGUCAAGGCCCAGAUUUGGGACACCGCCGGUCAAGAACGAUACCGUGCAAUCACCAGUGCAUAUUACCGGGGAGCUGUGGGUGCAUUGCUCGUCUACGAUGUCACGCGCCAAACAACCUUGGAAAACGCGGCGAGAUGGUUAAAGGAGCUCCGCGACCACACGGAUUCCGCCAUUAUUAUAAUGCUGGUGGGGAACAAAGCAGACCUGCGGCACCUGCGGGCUGUGACCGUUGAAGAAGCCAAGGAAUUUGCGGAGAAAGAGAGCACCUUUUUCAUGGAAACCUCAGCGCUGGAAUCCACGAACGUGGAAAGCGCCUUCACAGAAGUGUUGGCUCAAAUACACUGCGUUGUUAGCAGGGCAAGUCUUGAGGGAGGCGACAGCCCGACAUCGUUGCCUAAGGGACAGAGCAUUAACGUUGGGAGUAAAGAUGACGUUUCGGCGGUUAAGAACCCUGGCUGCUGCUCUGCUUAGCUUAGCUUAGAAUAAUCGCCAUUUCAAUGGCGGCGCCGGCCAGCAUGGUUUUGGUUUAUUGGCAUACGAAACCGUGUUGGAAUUUAUUAUUUAUUUCGUGUUUUGGUUUUCAUUGUAGUACUAGGUGGUUAAGUACAUCCCAGGAUAAUAUACAUAUAUAUAUUGGAUUGAGAUUUGAGGAUGAGUUAAAUUUGUAUGAAGAAGGUGUGUUUUUCCUUGUAUUUUAUUUUACCAUUGCGGAAUUAGUUUAUUGCCGACAUUUUCCUUCUUUCUUGCAAGAUUGAGAGUUUCUUUGUUGUUUCCUUUUUCUGUUUGAUCAACUUUUAAUAUUGGCAUACUAAAUAUAUAUCAAAAUUCAAUAUGCUUGACUAUAUGUAGAAUUAGAAAGGUUUCUUAAAGGUGUUUCGAAA